AUGGCACCCAAUCCGAGUCUUAGCUGGGAAAGGCUUCAAAAUGUCUUUUAUCGUUCAAGAAAACUUCACAGCUUACAAUGGUCUUCAAAGAAGGAUCUUCGAUAUGCUGUUUCCCGAACUUUUAUAGCCAUCGAGACUGAUACAGCAAUUCAAAUAUUUAAUUAUAUAGGCCGGUUGUUGACAGAGAUAGAUAUCAAUGUGUUUGAUGUUAUUAAUUCAUUUCAUUUUGACAGAAUAGAUCAAAGAACCUUAAUUAUUAUGGGGCUGCAAACAUGUAAAAUAGUGAAAAAUUGGGCUCCCUUAGAGAUCAAAACGAUUAACUUACCAUCUGAAAUCGAUGAUACAUUGUGGGAUGUUAAAGGGAAUGUUUAUAUUACAAAGGAAAAUAAGGACAUAUUAUAUUUAGAUAUGGAAAAGGAAAAGUUCAAAUUGUUGAUAAGAAAUGACGAAAAGUUUAAUAUAUUGACUAAGAAACAUUGGUAUUGUAACGGGCAUAUAGUGCUAAUUCUUGAUACGGAGUCUGUGUAUCAGCUAAAUGUCUUGUCACGACGUCUUACGAAGUUCCAAGAAAAUAACGAAUGGCAUCAGGUUACCAUAUCAAACGAUGGAUUUAUAUGCCUUUACAACGCAAAAUACAAUAAAUUGGAAAUAUUUAAGGAUUCAGGAAGCCUUCUUUUACAGCAUGCACUGGAUCUCCCUCCAAAAGAUAUAAAGUGGUGUGGUGAUGACUCUAUUGCAUGCACAUUUAAUGACACUGUGAAGCUCUAUGGACCAGAUGGUGAAUAUGUUUCCUUUUGGUAUCCAUCAAAUAUAUUUUGCGUAGAAACUGAACUUGAUGGAUUAAAAGUGUUUACAGAUACAGAAAUCUAUUUGAUAUCAAAAGUUCCCAGAUAUACAGCAGAUAUUUAUUGUAUGGGUUCGACAGAAGCAGGUUCGAUGUUAUUAGAUGCAUGGCGUGUUUUAUCUACCCAUACUGCGAGAGCAAUAGAUUAUUUGAAAGAUUUUGAUUUAGUUAAUGGAAUUAACGAUUGCAUUGCAGCUGCUCAAGAAGAAAUGAACACUCAAGCUCAAAAAGAACUUUUAAAUGCGGCAUCAUUUGGUAAGUCAAUGCUGGCAUAUAACGAAUUUGAUUCUAAUAUAUUUGUUCAAGCUUGUGAUAAUAUAAAACUAUUGAAUAUUUUUAGAGAUCUUGGGCUUUUCUUAACCUAUUUUGAAUAUCAGAGUAUGGGAUUUGAGGCCAUUAUCAAGAUAAUGUUACUCUGUCAUAAAUUUUAUGAGAGUUUAAAAAUCUGUAAAGAAUUUAAAAGAUAUGAAUUGAUGGUCAGCGUGGUUCAAUAUUGGUCUGAAACUAAAAUAAAAUUGUCACAAGAUAUUGAUGACGACAAUCUCUUUAACAUUAUUAAUAAACAGUUGGUGACCGUAGAUGUCCAGGAUAAAAUCACGGCUGCACGGCUUUCGCAGGUAUCUUUCAAUGAAGGGAGAUUUGUUCUUGCAAGACGGUUUGCUAUAAUUGAAAAAUCUGCUGAGAUGAAAAUAUUGUCUUUGAUUAAUUUGGACGACUACAUGUUGGCAACAAAAGAAAGUUUAAACACUUCUUGCCCCGAAUUUAUUGUUGCAGUAUUAUUAUUGUUGAAAAAUACCGUGACAAACCUUCAAUUUAUGAAGAUUCUUGUGAUGAUUUUACCAAAUAAUUCUGUAUAUCUAUAUUUUCAGAGAAAUAAUUUUGAAUUUUUGUUUGAUAUUUAUAGACAGACAGACAAAUAUACUGAACUGGCACACGUCAUAUUCCUUUUUAACAGAAAAUUAGUUGCUCCAUUCUUGCCCCAAAUUAAGGAUCUAUAUUCCAGUGUUGUUGAUGAUGCAUUACUAAAGCAAGACACAGAAUACUUAAAACGAAACGAAAAUUUGUUAGAGUUCCAAGAGGAACUCACACAUACUUUAGGCUUUGAAUUUACAGGAUUGACAGUAGUACAGACACUUGAAAGAUUGAUUUCCAUGAAACAGGAUAAGAAGAUUAAAGCAUUCGUUAAGAAGUUUAAAAUUAAUGAUAGAAAAUAUUAUCAUGUAACGUGCCGAACCUUGAUUAACGAAAAGCGAUUUGAUAGCCUUUAUGAAUUUGCAACGCAGAAAAAAUCGCCCAUAGGAUACCAGCCGUUCUUCAAAUACUUGACGAACUCAGGUAAGACUAAAGAAUCGGCGAAAUAUGUCCCAAUGAUAACUGAGAUGUCAUACAAGGAGAAGGUUAAAACUCUGUAUGAAAUCAAGGGUUAUUACGAGUUAGCACAACUCUUCACAAAAGAGAAGAAUAUAUUAGCUUUAAAAGAGUUAUAUCAACAAGUACCUGUUAAUGAGCCACAGUUAAGAUCUUUCAUAACUGAAACGAUAUCUAAGAUGUGA